UAAUUUAAAGAUCUUUAUUUAACGGUCGCGGUAGCAUACAGCGAGUCGAGUCGGAUUCACUCACUUUUGUGCUUGCAUGCACACGACUUGGCGAGAGUAAGCUUUGCAUAAUGGCUUUGCUUCUCCACUGGAUUAUUCUCAUCAGUUUCUUCCUUCUGGCCUCUGGGAAUCAUGAAGAUACGUUCGUCAAGGUAGUCGUGCACGUUGGUCUUGGUUGUGGGGACAAAGACGGAAAUAUGGAGAUUGUUUUGGGAAAGAGCGACGACUUCCAGAAGAUUACAAGCGAAGCCGAUUUACGACAAUUACUCCAUGACAAAUUCCACGAAGCUAUCCAAAAUUCGCCAUGCCCUCUGGCGUCAUUGAAUGACGCAACAAUUGAGAUCAAGACCGACAUUGAAAAAGUGCAGCCGACGCCAGUACGGACAACAUCGACAUCCACUCUGAAACAAGUUCUCACGACCACGGCGGAGCAAGAACCACAAACUAUCGCAACAACGACCGUCCAGCCCUGCACCGAACCAACCGAAAUAUUCAGCUCAAAGUGCGUAGACGACCAAGGUUCUCCAGUAACUGUAUGCCAAACAAACAAGAAUGACACUGAGAACAAUACCCCAUACUUUGCAAUCUCAUUGGCAGCUGGUUCUAAUCUGAAACUGAUUACCAACAUUACCUCUACGCCAGAAGGAAAAUGCACUGAUUUCAGUUUUCUGUUCAUGAAGGUAGCCAAUGGAACGAAAAAGUGGUUCAACCAGGCAAAUUACGGAGGCGACACAAUCUCAUUCGCAACUCCCAAGUCUGUAGAUGCAAUUCGUAUUGAGCAUGAAAACAUCGAGAACUGCACCAUUACUGUAUUUGGAUGCUGA